AUGACUUCUCGUAUCACGGACCUCUUACAAGAGCAAUACUAUGGCAAGUCGUCGUCACUGCUAGAGAUGAAGUCUCGUGAAGACACUCGGACGUUUCACAACUGCCGGGACGAUCACGGAGGUUUACAAACACCGGCCGCCCACAUUCCGUGCCAUCCGCAUACGCUUAAAAAGAACUUUAGUAGUGGAGCGAUCUCACUCACCACUUUUGCGACUUCUUUCCUUGCGACUGCAGCUACUGCAGCCAAAACCACCGGUCCCUUUUCUCUUUACGCUUAUGGGACUGGGGUUGGCGGCCUUCCCAUCUUUUCUUCCGGCGAUGAGGUCUUUGUUGGAAACUUCAGCAAAAUCGACGACUCUGAGGCAGCCCCAGUUCAGUUCACUAUAGGAGAUGAUGCAUGGUAUGCCUCUCCAAACACGACUGGCUAUGCCAAAGGACGUGAGCCGAGCUGGUCCAACCUCACUUUCGCUGUCCCAGGACCCUCGUCGUCUUCUCAUAGCGUCAAACUGCUCAAUAGCACGGCCGAUACCGAUGGUUAUGUAUCUGAUCUGAUGACCUACGGGACUUUUGUCAUGGUCGAAGAGAAUGGGCAAAUGACUUCGCUUUGGUAUGCUACGCCAUCAGAUAUCGACGGUGUUUAUGUCAUUGGUUGGAAUGCUUCAGAUACUGGCCAUUCUGACGAUAAGGUCGCCAUUACACUGAAGAAGACUCCGCCGUCAAACCCCAGGCCACUGGAUGAGUGA